UCUGUUGAAGUCAAAGUUGAGUUCCCUUACGUGCAGUUAAUUACUUAACGCGUGGGUGUCACGGCAGCGAUACCACGCUGUCUGGAUAGCUAGGUGGGUCGCGACCCCUGCGUGUCGCCACUCACCGCGCCCACUGCGUCAUGACUAAUGUGAUUGUUUUGUGACCGGGAGUGGACACCAGACAAUAUUUAGUUGUGAACUUUCUGCCGCCUCGACAACAUGCAACUUGCUGUAAUAGUGUUGCUACUAAUAACGAGUGGAGUGACAGCACGUAGUCAUGGCCACGCUCGGCACGGGACCACGCACCACUAUCCGCACUCUACCGGGUACUCUGGCUACGGCACCGGCGGUUCGCACACCUACCCUCACUCCCCUGGGAUGUCCGGCAACACCAACCGUGGGAACGUGCAACAAACAUACUACCAGCAACACAACACCGUGCAGAAUAGCUACAGACCGAAGACGGAAGUCCAUCACCAUUACCACUACAGCCCGCCACAGCAGAUAAGUUACGGAUCUACAUACCACCCCGUGUAUCAAGGACACCCGCCCGUCUACGUUUACGAGUACCGAGACUCUGGCAGCAGAUUCGAUACAUUACUGACUGGACUGGCGCUGUACAACUUGGGCCGCAACAGUCAUAGUCACAGUCACUACUCAGACAGACAGUACACCGGGAGCCCGGGCGAGACGUGCAGACUGGGUAUAAGCAAACGAAACGAAGAGUACGAAGAAACGCGCAUUGACUGCAAUCUGAUGUCGAGUUUCAUUUGGGAGGAUACCUCUCACAGUUCUGGUUCCACUAGCACCGGCCAACAAGUCAUAAAGAACACGACCGAAGUAAAAGUGACGCAAACUGUGAAUGGAUUGGGGAACAGCUCUUCAGUAACAACAGUGACUAAAAGUGAAACAGUAGUGGACGCCUUAAACGUGAAGGGCCCUUCUAUAGCGGUGACUCCCGGCAUGACUUGUUACAUGAUCAGGAGUUUCAGAGACACCACUGUUUUGCGGAGACCUGUAGAUUGUGGAUUGUUGCAAGAGUACGCUCGAAGUUCAUUAUAUCGGAAUAGUGGGCAGUGUACUAUGCCUAGUACGAGGAUAGUUCUAUAUUUCCUUAUAAUAUAUUUAGUGAUAUAUUUUAAGGUAAAUUAAUCCCAAAUCUUUCAAAUUCGUCUAGACUUUUUAUCAAAGUGUCCUUUCGUAAUUUUUUAUAAACUUUAGUAUCAGCAUCAAUAAUAAAGUGAUCAUCAAAUCUACGUUUCAUAGAUAUUUCUGUCGUGUUUGGUUUAGGAUUGAAUCUGUUACAUUUUAAUGUUCUGUAACGUUUUUUUUUCUUGGAGUUGUUUGAUUAGUUGGUCUAGAAACACGAUGAGUAACACAAUAUCUGCCUAUUAAACUAAGACACUUCAAACAGAGGCAUCAUGUCUUUUAUUUAUCUAUUUUUAGUAAAUGUUAUUUUGUAAAAAAAAUAAAUCUAUAAAUAAAAUCUAUAUUUAAAUAAAUGUAUAAUUUAAUGAACACCUUGGUUUACCUGAGUUGCUGCUUCAUACAACCUGGCUUAUCCAUUAAAUAUAGCAAAUGUCGGGAGCAGCGAUAACAUAAAAAAAGGGAGCGACUUGUUGGGAUGACGUGACUAAUUAUUAGUCUAGCUAAUUAGUUUAGUUAAGUACAUAAGGAGUAAAUAAAUAAGGAAAACGGACUAUAUUGUUUGUUAUUACUUACAGUGUUGUGUGGUCACUUGUGUUAGAAACAUGAAUCUCCGUCACCUUUCUGUUCUCGUAACGGUGAUAGUGCUUCUACCGGGGCAAGCAGUAUCGCGCUUUUUUGUGCCAAGAAUAUAUACCCCUAGAAUCAGUAUGCCAGAAUUUAGUGUACCAAGAAUACCUGAUAUCCAUGUGCCAACCAUGCAUGAAUUUAAUGUCCCAAAAAUCCAUGAUUAUAAUUUCCCAAAUGUGCACGAUGUCAGUUUUCCAAAAUUUCAUGAUUAUAGUUUCCCAAAAGUGCAAGAUGUCAGUUUACCAAAAACGGAGGAAUUUUCGAAUGGCGUCAGAAAUGUGCACCCGGAGCAUCCGAAAAUUGAUGUGAAACAAUAUGAUAUCAUGAAGACUAUGAUGAAAGAGGAAGAACUAAAUAAAGUAUUGGACACUGAAGGGAACAAUAAACUAACCUCGAAGAAAGACCCAACUUCACCUAAACAUGAAGAAGAACU